UCCAUUUCAUCCAGACCAAUGACAGGCAAGCAGUGACACUAACGUGCCAGAAUGAAGGGUAUGAGAUCCGUCCUGGGAGCAAAGACAGACCUCAGCAGGAGAAAUUAAGUGGCAUCUUCUGCUCAGCUUUUUUUCUGGAGAACCCCUUUUCCUCUCCAUUCCUUGUUAUUCUCCGGACUCCAGUCUUUUAUCUGUUCCACCCGUAAGUUGUCACCAUAGGAGUCCCCACAAGCCUUCAAUGCCCACCAGUGAUCCCGUGCGGGCCCUGGAGUAGGCAGGGCGUAUGGCACAGCCUGCCUGACCCUGACUUCCUGGGACUGGACACCUCGAGAUGUCUGCAAAAUGUGAGCCUCUUCCUGGCAACUGAGAGCAGAGACAAGCUGCUUUCCGAAAACCAGGGCUGCAGAUGGGGACAUUUUCCCGGCACCCACCAUGCCAGUUAAGCCGCGAGGAUGACAGGCUGAGGGGCAUUAACACCAAAGCCCAUCUACUGCACUGUCCAGACGCUGGGCUCACAUUCCGAGGCGGGAAGAUGAGGGAACGUCUUAAAAUGUCCCAGGUGGGUCUGGCCUGGAACUCUCUGGCCAUGACCCUGGCCCUGUGGCCGAGGUCAGGGGUCAUGCCGCUGGACUCCUAAGGCCGCUACAGUGACCUGAGCCCUACCCCGUCCCUCCCGCCGGUCCUUAGCCACCCCCGAGUUUGCUGAAAUAGGGCUCCCCACGGGUGCCUAAUUAUGGGGAGGAGGCAGCAAUUAGGCAUAACAGCGAUCCUAAUGAAACACUGUCCCGUAAGAGAAAGGCAGUCCUGAGGGAGCGUGGGUGCCAGAGAACAGGCCGGGCGGGGAACAGCGAAAACGAGGCUGAGGACACAUAGCAAGAGCUACUCCCAGCAACAGCGGCCGCGGAAAGAGCCAAGGUUGCGCAUGCGCAGCAAAGGCAACGCGCGGGAUUGCGUCUACCCCUCUGCACGCAGGCGCGCCGCUUUCCCCGCCUGCCGCGGUCUGCAGAACCGUGAAUGGAUUUCAACCCAGUGCCUCUCGAGAAAGGGCUCCGACUCCGCGCAUGCGCGUCACGAUGAGCGGCUUUGCACGUUGCCCGGCGCGAACUCUAGGUGGCGUCAUCUCUCCGGCCGGGAAGAAGCACGCAUGCGCGGAGGUUAGCACGCGGGAUGGGCGAGUGCGCGCCGCGGACAUGCGCCGUGCAGGGAGAGACGGCGGCUCGGCGGGGUCAUCCAAGCGCAGGCGCAGUGCGGUGUUUGUCUGCCGGACUGACGGGCGGCCGGGCGGUGCGCGGCGGCGGCGGGGAAGAUGGCGGCGUCCUCCCUGGAGCAGAAGCUGUCCCGCCUGGAAGCAAAGCUGAAGCAGGAGAACCGCGAGGCCCGGCGGAGGAUCGACCUCAACCUGGAUAUCAGCCCCCAGCGGCCCAGGCCCAUUAUUGUGAUCACUCUAAGCCCUGCUCCUGCCCCGUCCCAACGAGCAGCCCUGCAGCUCCCGCUGGCCAAUGAUGGGGGCAGCCGCUCACCGUCCUCCGAGAGCUCCCCACAGCACCCCACACCCCCUGCCCGGCCCCGCCACAUGCUGGGGCUUCCGUCAACCUUGUUCACACCCCGCAGCAUGGAGAGCAUCGAGAUUGACCAGAAGCUACAGGAGAUCAUGAAGCAGACGGGCUACCUGACCAUCGGGGGCCAGCGGUACCAGGCAGAAAUCCACGAUCUGGAGAACCUGGGCGAGAUGGGCAGCGGCACUUGCGGCCAGGUGUGGAAGAUGCGCUUCAGGAAGACGGGCCAUGUCAUUGCCGUCAAGCAAAUGCGGCGCUCGGGGAACAAGGAGGAGAACAAGCGGAUCCUCAUGGACCUGGAUGUGGUCCUCAAGAGCCAUGACUGCCCCUACAUCGUGCAGUGUUUCGGGACCUUCAUCACUAAUACGGAUGUUUUCAUCGCCAUGGAGCUCAUGGGCACGUGCGCUGAGAAGCUCAAGAAGCGGGUGCAGGGCCCCAUUCCUGAGCGGAUCCUGGGCAAGAUGACGGUGGCGAUCGUGAAGGCGCUGUACUACCUGAAGGAGAAGCACGGCGUGAUCCACCGUGACGUCAAGCCCUCCAACAUCCUGCUGGACGAGCGGGGCCAGAUCAAGCUCUGCGACUUCGGCAUCAGCGGCCGUCUCGUCGAUUCCAAGGCCAAGACGCGCAGCGCGGGCUGUGCCGCCUACAUGGCACCUGAGCGCAUAGACCCUCCGGACCCCACCAAGCCAGACUACGACAUCCGGGCCGAUGUGUGGAGCCUUGGCAUCUCCUUGGUGGAGCUGGCGACGGGACAGUUUCCCUACAAGAACUGCAAGACAGACUUUGAGGUCCUCACCAAAGUCCUGCAGGAAGAGCCCCCGCUCUUGCCCGGUCACAUGGGCUUCUCGGGGGACUUUCAGUCCUUCGUCAAAGACUGCCUUACUAAGGAUCACAGGAAGAGACCAAAGUAUAAUAAGCUACUUGAACACAGUUUCAUCAAGCGCUACGAGAUGCUGGAGGUAGACGUGGCAUCCUGGUUCAAGGAUGUCAUGGCGAAGACCGAGUCACCGAGGACUAGCGGAGUCCUGAGCCAGCACCACCUGCCUUUCUUCAGGUAGCCACGUGGUGGCGGCCAGCCCCACCGGGGGCCGGGGGCAUGGCCACAGGCCCCCCCUUCCCCACCUGGCCACCCAGCUGCCCGCCAGGGGAGACCUGGGAUCUGGAUGGCUGCUGAGGGCUGAGGACAGAAAGUAGGGGGCGCCAACCCACCCCUGACUCCCUGCCCACCAGCUGUGGACAGAUGGGCUCGCCAGGCCCCAGCCCUUCCCGUCCCGGGGUCAGCCGGCCGUGCGCGUCCCCCUGACAGACACUGUGAACGGAAGACAGCAGGCCACGAGCAGACUCGCUAUUUAUUCAGUCGUAACCUCUGGGCUGGGGCGGCCCCCAGGGCCCGGGAGAGAGCCGCCCGUCCUGCCCCUUCCCUCCCCACCCCACCCGCUGUGUGUUGUCCCCUCUGCCUCCCCUCUGCGAACACGUUCCUUGUGUCUAUCCCCUCUCUCUCAUCCCUUGUCUACCUCUCUGGCUUUCCCCACCUCCUUCCCUGCCUCUGCCUCUCUCCUGGCCCAGAUCUGGCCUCUGCCACCCCCAGGGGUGAGGGGGGACCCCUGGGUCCACUUAGGUCUCCAGCAACGGCGAGUCGGUCGGCUGGUGUCUUCGCCCCAGGAAGGCGGGCUGGGCGUUAUGACUACAGCUGGACCUGGGCUGGUCUUUCUCUCUCUCUCUCUCUCUCUCUCUCUCUCUCUCUCUCUCUGUCUUUCUCUGUCUCUCUUUGAUCUCAGGGGGUCCUUUUUGGAGUUUAUUGUAUUUUAUUGUACUUGGUGGGGUGUUUGGGGGGUGGGGGGAGAAGAGCUUGUUCUCACGGGGUUUGUCGGUACCUUCAGAAACUUUUACCAAAGUCAUGUUUAGCUGCUUGCGGUGGAGCCCCUGACCGCCUGUGGGCACGGGCGUCUGGGGCUGGGGGCCAAGCCCCAAAGGUGGGCUCUGGGGGCGUUCCUCCUCCCUCGGGGCCAGCCCUCGGGGCUGGAGACUGGCCACAGCUUGGGGGGUGAGUUGAGGACCUCAGGGGGCAUGGAGGGAGCCCAAGGGGCCGCGGCCACACAGGGUGGCCUUCAGGGAAGGCGGGCACAGGGCACGCCGAGGGCAGCAGGCGCUGCCGCGGCAGGGAGGUGGUGGAAGGAGUCGGUGGCAGAAGCGGGGCCGUGGAGCCCCGGGGAGGCAGGGAUUGAGGGCGCAAGCGGUGAGCGUGGGGGUUCGAGGACGUGUGACGGGACAGAGGUGGGGCUGGCUGAGGGCUGGGCGUGUGCAGGCAGUCACGCCCUCGUAGUGCCCCUGAGCGCCCCUCGACUCCCCCAGAGCUGGCCAGUCCGCCCGAGCCCUGUGCAGCAGCCGGAAUGGGAGGGGGUGUGUUUCCUUUUUGUUGGUGAUGCAUGCAAACCAAGUGGACGACAAAACAAAACAAAACAAAACGAAAAAAAAAAAACAAAAAACCCACCAACACCAAAGGUGAGGAACUUGGCCGGAUGUAGCUGAAGCAGUCUAGACCUAGGCAUCCCUGGAUUCUCUUGUUCCUGUCCAUACUCACGAAAUGCCGCAUGUUUAAAAGUACGCAAGUUCUCUGCUCUUUGCCCCCCCUCCCCGGGAGGGGAACGGCCACCUUCUCCCGCCCCGGUCUCCUUUGUGAGGGGAUGGGCGCAGGGUGGGGGGCCGACAGGCCUGGUCCCCCAUCCUCCCUUGCCUGGCCCGGCCAGGGGGGCCUUUGUGGGUAGCUGGAAGGUUCCAUGGCUGGUCCCAGGGCCAGCGCAGGCCCUAGGCCGGCCACCUGGAUUUACUUUUAUUUAACUAUUUUCUGUUUUGUGAGUGUGUCUGCCCACCCCUGCCCUCCUUCAGUGUUAAGUGGGAGUUCUGGGGGAACCUCUUCCCCUCUGCCUCUUUCCUGGCCUGCCCUCCGUCACCGGUCACCAGCCCUCCCUCUUGACCAGGCAGAGGGUGGAGCGGGCGGGCAGGGGCCUGGGGUGGCCCACAGCCCCCUUCUCUGGUCGCCAGUAUUCCCCUGUCCCUUUUUAAAAUGAAAUGCCCUCGUUUGUAAAUCCUUAGACGCUUGAGAAUAAAACCCCUCCCUUUUCUUCCA